GCUACAACCAGUAUUGCAGCAGGCGUUUGUGUGGCGUAAGAUUAGUGAUAACCUAGGUGUUCUGUGGUAUCCUUACACUGGUAAGCUUAAGAUGCAUAACUAAAGUUACCUCAUUGUGACCUGAUCGGAAAGUGACUCCAAGGAACGCCUUUUUGAAGUUCUACAUAUUGAUGACGAUCAUUUAACCUCCAAAUAUGCUAGAGGACGUAUGGUCUGUUGUGCCGAUAAAAAGCAUGUGGCCCUUGACGAUUCUGGAAGGGAUACUGCCCCUGAUGUCGCUGAAAGACGUGUAUCCCUCUAUUACUGUAGGAGGAUUGUUCCGCAUCCUGAUCCUAGGAAUUAUUCUUUGGAAGAUCCCCCGGUUUGUAUACCGGUACAGUCACUUUUACAGAGCGGCUAUACGUGUCCAGACUAUAGGACCGGUCCACCCACUAUGGGGCAACCUCAAUCUAAUUAAGGAGGUUCCCGACUAUUUCGAGCUGAUACAACAAUGUGUACAGAAGACGCGCACGAGGACCUACGUCACAUGGAUUACGUCACUGAGCCACUAUUUUGGUGUUUGUCAUCCGGAGACGGCCAAACUACUCCUCAAGUCAUCAGAACCGAAACCAAAGGGGAUAGGACAGGGAUACCGCAGUUUUAUCCCUUGGCUUGGUGAUGGACUGUUACUAAGUGAAGGCGCCAAAUGGGAGAGAAACAGACGAUUGCUUACGCCAGCCUUCCACUUCGAUAUUCUGAAAUCCUACGUGAAAACGUAUAACGAAGUUGCUGAUAUCCUGAUAAAUAAGCUGCUGAAUGCAUCAAAGAGUGGGAAGAGUAUCGAAAUAUAUGAGUUGGUGGGACUAGCUACUCUGGACACCAUGCUGAGGUGCUCGCUGUCGUAUGACGGAAAUAUUCAACAGAAGGGGGACUCACACCCGUACGUAAGAGCAGUUAGAAGACUUACCCAGUUAUGUCUAGAACGAACACUAAAACCCUGGCUUUUUAUGGAUUGGAUGUUUAUAUUAUCUCCACAAGGAAGAGAGUUCCGUAGAUUGAUCAAUCACGUCCAUGCUUUCGCGGAUGACAUCAUUGAGCGAAGACGUAGUAAUAUGAGUACAAGCAACACAAACACAAGAAAACGUUUAGACUUCCUUGAUAUUCUGCUCGUCUCGCGAGAUGAGAAUGGUAGUGGUCUAUCAGAUAGAGACAUCCGAGCGGAAGUGGACACAUUUCUUUUUGAAGGCCACGACACGACAGCGUCGGCCGUCACCUGGGCACUGUACUGCUGUGCAAAGUACCCAGAGGAACAAGAGAAGAUUUACCAGGAGUUGACCUUUCUUACCGACAAUAAUGAUUAUAUGGGCUGGGACUCUAUCAAGGGCAUCGACUACUUAAACCUGUUCAUCAAGGAGACAAUGCGGAUGUACAGUCCCGUCCCUAUGAUUGGCCGAAGACUGACCAAACCAGUCCUGGUGGACAACGUCCUCUUUCCUAAAGACUCCGUCAUUGAGAUCAACAUCAGCGCUAUGCAUCACCACCCAGACGUAUUCCCAGAUCAUAUGGAAUUCCGGACCGACAGAUUUCUGGACGCGAAUGUGGGAGACAAUGAUCCGUUCAGUUUCGUACCUUUCUCGGCGGGACCAAGAAACUGCAUCGGACAAAACUUUGCCAUGAACGAACAGAGAGUGUUGAUUGCCAGAGUUAUACGAAGAUUCAAAAUCAAACUGGAUCCACAACACGAGACGAAAAUUUUUCCGGAAGUAGUUACUAGGCCACAGUUCGGGGUCAGAGUCAUUCUGGAAGAAAGAGAGCCUCCGUCUGUAUUCCUGUGACCGAACUAUUAAUCGAUUACAGUCUACCUCAACAUUCUAUAUUUACAUUAGCGCUACAACCCACUAAAUGAACAUUACCAGCAGAAAUACGUUUCAUUUGAGUGUGAAAGCAAAAACUUUACUUAUGACGCAACGGAUUAACCUUGUUCAAUGAGAGUCUUCGGAUAACGUGGAGAAUGCCCCUGUGUCAAACACUCAAACGACUACGGUUAAUUAUUGGCGCCAAUUUUAUUCAAAUAGGGCUGUUCCGCCAAUGUCGUUUAAAGGAUGACGCAUAUACAAAACGCAGCAAAUAAAUGAAUUAUUUAAGAACAAAUUAAUAAAAUUAAACAAUUGUUCUUUAGUAAAAAUGUAAGUAUAUGGAUUUAACGGCUUUUUUAAUGUUCAUGCCGGUAUGAACGCAAAUCGGUUCAAGUUCAAGUUCAUUUAUUUCCUUAAGCUUUACAGCUCAUCAGUUGUGCAUAUAUACAGUGCAACAUAAAGUAAACAAUUCCACAUCAACACACAUACACACCACUUUCACACCUACUCCUAGAAGUGUAGAGAGAUAUCUUGCACUGCUAAAAAUAAUGCAUUUAAUAAUAGAAUAUUGUUUGAUGAUAAGAACAUAUUAAUGUAUUACUGACAAACACUUGAUACAAUUGACUUAAUUCAGUACAUUGUGUCGUCUUCUAUUUGCGAUUCUUACAUAUUUGGCCAAAUCAGUUAUUUCUUUUUUCAUUUUGAGUGGAUAACAACUUAAUGAAUUUAUACAUACUUGUAUGUCUGAUAUAGAAAGGUUUGAUAAAUGAAUUGCGCAAAUCGUAAUAAAAUGGACAUUAAAGAACAAAAUGAAAUUCAUCUUCUACACCAUUAGAGGCACAAAACGAACAAACCCUGUUUUUGUGUUCAAUACCUUGGUAUCUAUCAGUUUCUACAUUAAGUUUAUGAGAAGAUGUUCUAAUCCUUACUAACUCCUUCAAGUGUUGAAUAUCAAUAGACUUUUUUAAGGAACUUUGUUAACCAAACUCAUCACAGAGAUAUUUGUAUAGAUUACAUUUAGAAGAAGUGUUAUUUUUUUCGAAACAUUCCUGUUUGAAAAAUUCCGUGAUUCUUUCUUUAAAAAUUGGCACUAAAUCAUCUUGUAUGUCUUUCAAUUCCCAAACAUAUCCCAAUCCUAUCCUAAACAAUUUAUUUUUAUACUCAUAAGCCAAUGAUUUUCACAGUCGGACAUUUCUUCAUAACAUGCCUGAAGGGGCGCGUCUAAUUACCCAAUACCACCCAAUACUACCCAAUACCACCCAAUACUACCCCAUACGACCCAGUUAUGAA